AUGGCCGACGAGGAUUCGGAGCCCGCCGCGCUGCUGCGCGCGGUCCAGGCGCUGGACCGGGACGGGGGAAUGAGCGACGUGGAGCUCGAGGAGUGCCGCGCCGCGCUGAAGGCAUCGCGGAGCGCGCUCGUCAACCUGCUCGAGUUCCCCGGGCGUAAUCCGGAGGACCGCGCCGCGGUGCAGUCGCGGGCGGUGGAGCUGACGCCGGGGCAGAAGCUGAACCUGGGCGGCGCCGACGUCGAGAACGCGCUCGUGUUGAGCGACGCGUUCGAUCUCAACGAGAAGUACUGUGUGCGACUGCUGGUCCGCGCGGUGCGCGGCGGCGCGCGACCCGACGACUGCGCGAGGUCCGCGGCCGGCAUCCACCUCCGCGACCGCACGUCGAGGGCCGAGGCCCUGCUUCGCAUCCUGCGCCAGCGCUCGUCCCCGGAGGCGUUCGCGAUCGACGACGAGGGCAACGUCGCGGGGCAUCCCGCGCUGGCCGCGGAGAUCGACGAGUACGCGCAGGACCUCCUAUCGGGCGAGAGCGCGAGCGGCGGAGCCACGCUGGUGGGCGCGCUCGUCGAGAUCCUGCGCAAACCCGCGCCGGGAUCCUACCCAACCCCGGCGAGCGCUCAUAACCCGAACCCCGCGGUCCCGGGUUCGAUCCCACCCGCGGCCGGGACCGCGCCGAGCUUCAUACAAACCCCGGGCGGGACCGCCACGACGCCCGGGGGCGGAGCCUUUGCCGGCUUUGGCGCGUCCUCGCAGCCGGGUUUGUUUGGCGCGACCGCGGCUGCGCAGCCGGGUUCCCAGCCGGCGAACCCGCUCUCGCUGGCGCCCACGCAGCCCACGCAACCCUUCGGCGCGCCAGGCAUCUUCGGCGCCCAGCCGACGUCGCACCAACCCGGGGGGGGAGUCGUUCAAGCGCAGCAACCCGGGCAACCCGCGGGGGCAAUCGUCGCGCACACAGCUGUGAACACAGCUGUGAACGACCCGUUCGCGGCGACGGCGCGGCUGGAGCUCGUCGAAGACGAGAGGGGCCGACUGUGCAGACGCGCGGAGUGGCUCGCGAACGAGCGCCGGGUGGUGGCCGAGUGCCUGUACCACGCGAUCGUCGCCACCGGGGUUCGAUCCGGCGACGGUCCGGAUGAUACCCCCGGGGCGGGCGGAGCCGCGCUGUCCGCGACGGACGCCAAGGCGGUGAUGGAGCUCUUCGCCGAGGUGGCGACGCCGACGGUGGCGAGGGCGUGCGCCGACGCUCGCGCGCGUUCGCUGGACGCGGGACGGGCGCAGGCCGCCGCCGCCCAGGAGCUCUUCGCGGUCGGUGGCGCAUUCGACGAGUACUCCGGGGUCCCGGGCGGCGCGAGCCCUCCGACGAUUGCGGAUCUUCCCGCGUCGGUCCAGGAGGACCUCCCGGCGGCGCUCGCGAUCGCCCUCGCCGCCGUCGCCGCCGUCACCCCGAACGGCGGUUCGAACGGUGGUUCAGCAACGAACGGCGCCCCCCAAUCGUACGCGCAGGUCGUCGAGGCUGCGUCCGCAGCGCUGCAGAAGGCUGUGGACGACGCGAACGAGCGAGCGGGCGGGUCCGCGCCCGUCAAGAUUGAUCCCCUUCGAGCGCUCGGAGACUACCCAUUUCUCAACCAGAGCCAACGGGACCAACGGGACCGCUUCGGAUUCGACGGGCAGCAGCAACCUUGGCAGCAGCAGCAGCAGCAGCAGGCGGGCGCGGCGUACGGAUCUCCGUUCGCGGUCCCGGGCCAGGCGGCUUACGGGUCGGCGGCUACGUUCGGCGGCGGUUUUAGCGGCGGCGCGGGCAACGUGGGCAAUGUUCGGCGUACGCACGGGCAAUACGGGCAAAACGACGCCCAUUUUUUCGGCGGCGGCAACGCGCCGGGAAUGAUGGGCCCAAACGACGCGGGCGCCCUGCCGCCGGGCGGGGACAAGUCCGCGGACGAGGAAGAGGAGGAGCGCGUGUCGCAGAUGACGAUCGGAGUUUUGGAGUUUUGCCGACUGGCUUGCGCGCUGACGGGGCUGGAUUUGGGCAGGAAAGACGCCGACGUCGCCGCCUCCGUCGCGGCGGACGCCGGGGCUCUGACCGCGGCGCGCGCCAUGCUGUGCACCUGCGCGUUCCAGGACGACGCGGACGUUUCCCGGCGGAGUUACCUCGACCUCGUGCACGCGGUGAUUCGCAGGGCUAUCGCGCACAUGCUCAAAAAUCCGGCAGUCGGAGAAGCGUUAGCCGCGGUUGUUCCCGCGCCCACGCAGCAGCAGGUGGAGCGCGAACGCGCCGCGCUCGAGCACUGGGAGAGCAACAGCCUGUUCGAGACGGACGCCGAGCUUCAGCGCCAGCGGGAGGAGGAGGAGGAGCGGUUGAGGCUGCAGAAGGAGGAGGAGGACGCGUCGCGGGAGGCGCCGCUGACGGCGCUGUGCGGGUUGCUCUCCGAGGUUUACUCGCAGGCUCCCGACCUGCCCGCCGCCGCCGCCGACGUUCUUCCGGGCUUCCUCGACGCCAUCGUCGAGUGGGAACACUCGGUGGAGUCCCUCGUGGGCGUCGUGGGACUCAUGGCGGCGGUGGCUGGCACGGGCCCCGAGGGUGCCUCCCAGAUUUGGUCUCGGAUGCGACACCCCUUACCGGGUUCGUGCGUCACCUGGGACUCCUUCGUCGGCGCGCUGGUGGGUUACAACAGGCGGUUCCAGUUCGGGGGCGACACCCCGCAGGAGCUCGAGGAGAACGAGCGAUCCGCCGCGGAGGCUGGCGGUUACGGCGGUUACGGCGGCGGGGGAGGCUUCCGGGGCGGUUACGGAAACGCGGGUGGGCCCAACCCGUACGCCGCCGCCUUUUCUCGGGAGCGCGAGAUGCCCGAGGCUGACGUCCAGGGCCUCUCCGCGUACCUCGGCCUGCUCGCGUCGCUCCUGCGCGCCGCGCCGCCCGGGGAGGCGUCCGCGUGGACGCAGUGGCUGGAGGGGCGAUACGGCUUCUCUUUACUCGACGCGCUGACGGCGCUGCACUCGUGCCCGGUUCCGGCGAAGCUCAAGGCGGCCAUCCUGGACGCCGUCGCGUCCACGGGGCGGGGAUCCGCGCGCGCGUCCGCGGACGCGUGGGCGCGGUUGGAGCGCGAGGUGGCGGAGCGCGGGGCGCUCGGGUCCUCCUCCAACCCGAUUUCGCCCAAUUUCGCCGAUGUCCGAUCCCCCUUGAUGACCGACCCGCGAUCCCCCCACCACGGUACGGGAUCGCCGUACGGAGCGAGGGACACGUCGCACGCACACUCGCUACACAACUUGGCCAUCCCGAACGGCGGCGGGGGCUACGGCGCCGCCGCAGCCGCCAGGCAGCAGCACUCGUAUUACGCCCAGAUGCUUCGCGACGCGUCUCGCGCCGCCACGCUCCAGAACCAGCUGUGCGUCCCGGGCUCGGACGUCAACUGGGAAUUCGUGCACGGCGAGGCGAGGUCGCGGACGUACCCGCACGCGGCGGCGUACGUCCGGAUGGUGAACGAGUUGAUUCAAGAGACGAUGGGUGUUGGCGCGGGACCGAGCGCAGGGAGCGGGCGGGGGUCCGCGACUGCGUUUCGGUUCAUCCGCGAAAACGUUUUUGGCAAUCUUCGGCACAGGCAGCACAGGAGCCAGACGGAGCGGUGGCAGCUGGCCAGGGACGCGGUGAAUCACUUCCGGUUACAGCUGGAACUGUUCGCGAGGGCGCCCGAGGAGGACAAGUACGCCCGGGGUUGGUCCGGGGUGGUUGACCCCGCGUUUGACCCGACCAACUCGUCCGGAUCGAACCAGUACGGAUCGAACCUAAACCCUAACCCUAACCCGUACGGCGCGGCGCCAGGUCAAUCCCCUUACUACGGCGCGAACGCGGACGUCGGCGCGACCGACUUUGCUCAGACGGGGUUGGACGCGUACGCCCCGGGGCGGGACCUCAUGGUCGAUUUCCUCUCCGACGGCGUGACGUUUCGCGGGAUCCUCGCGGUGCUCUCCGUGGGCGCCGACUACCUCGCCGCGGAGCGUCCGUGCGCGCACGGCGAGGCGCUCGAGGGGUGCGUGCUCGCGUGCCUGGAGUGCGUGGCGGCGGCGCUCGCGAUGGACAAGCAGUGCGUGGACGCGAUGAGAGAGCGAGCCGUCGACCAAACCGGGCGUCGCGUCAACACAGGCGGCGGGUUCGGCGGAACCGACGAUGGAGCCUCCCUCGGCGCCUUUCACUCGCCGCUCGACCAGGUGAUGCUCCGCGACGCGUCCCAGUGCGCGGCGGCGAUCGGGUACGUCUCGUACCGCCACAACCCCGCGCUGGCGCUCGCGUCGCUCAAGAUUUUCGCCGAGAUUGCCAGUCGGACGCCGCGGCUCGUCGACUUGCUCCCGAGGGACGCCCGCGUCGGGCUGGUGCGGGGCUGCGCGAGCGUGCUGGAGCUGGCGACGUUGGCACCGCCGCCGGUCGGGGACCCGACGGUCCCGGGUUCGAAUCCGACGGCGUCCGACGACUCCCUCGCCGACGUCGUCUCCCGCGCCGGGUCCCUCGUCCUCGACGUCCUCCUCGAGAACCUCUCCGCGCCCGCGCCAUCCGCGACGCACCUCUUGCUCGGUUUCGACGUGGACGGGGAGGUGGAGAAUAGCGUGCUGCGCCCGUUCGACGGCGAGUUUAACUGCCUGACGGUGCUGCUGGAGGUGAUGGAGGCGUACCCCCCGGGGGUUGUGGCGGCGCGCGAGGGCAGCGGCGGGCUCGAGGCACCCGGCGGUUUCAACGGUUUCAACGGCGGCGGUUUCAACGGUUUCAACGCCGGCGGGAUGGGCGAAAGGGGCGCGGGUCACUGCGAGGCGCCCGAGCUCGCCGCGCGCCUGGUGUUCGAACUCGCCGCGAACGAGGUGACGAGCGCGAGCGCGAUCGGGUUGCUCCAGAACUGGCCCCCCGGCGCCCCCGGCGCGGCGCAGCGUCUGCCGACGCUCCUGGCCGACGCGCUGUCAUGUUCGCCGCCGACGGACGACGCCGGAUUCGAACCCGGGACCUAUUCCAGGCGCGCGGCGUCCGCGCACUACCGCUCGUGGAUCAUGCGAACCGCCGCGUUGGUUCUGGACGCGACCGCGCCGCCGCCGGGGUCGUUCCCGGCGGCUUCGGUGGACGAUCUGCCGCCCCUCGCCGCGCAGCUUACGCGAGUCGUCUUAUCCCUCGGUGAUUCCGAGCUCGGCGAGUCUGUGCCUGGGUCCUCCUCGGUGGAGCGGCCGAGGAUGGCGGCGCUCGAGCUCCUCGCCACGCUCCCACCGCCGCCGACGCCUCCGCUCGCGGCUGCACGCGAAUGCGCGCGUGCGUGCCGGAUCACCUCGGACGUCGCGGCUACGCAGCGCGAGCUCGGCGUGCUCGAAUUGCUCUCCGACCGAAGGCCGUCGGACGCGGGCGGGGUGUUGGAGGUGACGGCGCGCGGGGACGCGGUGAUCGGGGUGCGGGCGUUGGGCGCGAGGCUUCUGGAAGCGUCCAGGCGCGUCUCGAUGUCGCGAGCACCUACCAUGGGCGGCACAGCUGGCGGCGGCGGAUUCGACGACGCGGAUCGCGCGAGGGAAAACGUUCACAAGGAGGCGGUGCAAGUCGCGGUGCGAAUGGCGCGCGCCUUUAACGCGUCCGUGGAGGAGCACGCCGCGCACGUCCACGCGGUGUCCGCGUGGUCCGAGCUCGUCGCCGUCUGCGCCUCCCGCUGCCUCCCCUCUGUUGGCGCGUUUGACGGACACGGAGGGUUUAGUCCGAGCGGUCAACUCACCGGGGCGGGGUUCGACCCGCAGGAGAUUCUGUGCCGCCUCGGCGACGGCGUGUUGGCGCAGCUGGCGCGGGAUACCCUCGCGGACCAACAGAGGGUCGCCGGUUCGAACCCCGACGGGGGCGGGGGCGUCGAUUGGUGGGACGCGCGCCACGUGCCGCUCGCGAGGCUCGCCGCGACGCUCAUGGCGCGACUUCGCGCCGCCGCUCGCGGCGGCGGCGGCGGCGGGGGGGGGUCCCUUCCGGGUUUGAACAGUUCCUUUGGGGAACUUCGGUCCACGGCGGACGCCGACGCCAUCGGGGGCGGGCCCCCGGGCGCCGGGAUAUCGACGCUCGCGCGAACCAUGUUCGGAAGCCCGCCCGGCGGCGAUCUCGAGCGUCCGCCGCUGCCCGCCACGCGGUGCAAGGCGCUGCUUCGCGCGUUGCUCGCCGCGCUUUUAAAACCGAGGACAAACUCAUUCGACGCCGCUUUCGGGUACGGUUCGAGCGGCGGCGGUGGCGGUUCAGAUUCCCCCGGCGACCCGGAGGUUCGCGCCAACCUUUACGCCGCGCUGCUCUCGUUUCUGCGGUACGUGCGCCCCGCGAGGGCGGCGCAGCUCCCGGGUUCGGUGCUCGCCGCCGCGCGGGCGGGUGGCGCGGGACCGUCCGACUCGGACGCUGCGGUUAAUUCGGACGUCGACCGGGCGCUGAACGCCGCCGCGGAGCAGAACGAGCUGGAGGCGUCCACGUCCGCGCUGAUCCGCCGCGACGCCGGUCCCCUCGUGGAGCUCAUCGCGCGGGACGUCGUCGACGCGUCGGAAGGUGCGGAUGAGCGGCUGAGAGCGGUGGCGACUUCGGCGGUGGAGGCGCUCGUCGCGGCGACGGUCGUGGCGAGCCGUGAACCGUCGCGUCCGUUACGACAAGAAACGGUUCCCGGGACCCCCGCCGGCGCGUCGUUCGGAACAGGAAUCGCCACGCCGGGGGGGGGCGCGGUCGUCGGAUCCGCGUUUCGCGCCGGCGCCGUGUCCGGCAACGCGGACGCGUUUGGCGUCAAGUCCGCCUUUACCGAAACCUCGGUCGGAACUCCAACCGGCGGCGCCCACCAGACGCCGGACCCCGUCGUCGGCGCGCUCGGCCAGGCGUUGGCGCGCAGCGGCAUCGUCCGCGCGUGCCUCGCGCGCGUCGAGCGCGCGUCGCUUCCCGACUUGAUUCUGCCGACGCGCGCCGCGGCGGCGGCGAUCGCGUCGCUUCGAGCCGAUCUCUCGCUCCUCCUGCGCCUCGCGCAGUUGCCCGGCGGCGGGGCCCGCGCGCUCGCCGCGGCGGGCGCGAUGGCGGCGCUGACAAACUGCCGCGCCAUCGACGCGUACGUCGCGGACGGCCCGGGCGACGCCGCCGCCGUCGCCGCCGACGCUCGCCGCAACGGGACUCCGUACGGCCAGAACGGGUCGUCGUUUGGCGAAUUCGACGGUUUCGACGGCGGCGGCGGCGUCUCCGGAGGCUUCGAGACGGACGAGAACGCCAACCCCAACGCCUCGGGUGACCCGAACGACGGCUCGAUGGCCGACGGUGGAGCGAGCUCCUUCGGACUCACGCACCACGCGCAUUCAUUCAGCAGCGGCGACCCGUAUUCGCCCAUCGCGCCCCUUCCCUUGCCCCGCGCGCGGCACCACGCGGUUCUCGUCCCCGCGCUUCGGCUGGCGGGAACUCUGGUCAACGCGCUCGCCGACGACGGUGACGUGCACGCGUCCGGGGUGGCGUUUCUGGAAGCGCACAGGUUGGUGAUUUCCAGGAUUCUGUCCGACAGGGUCCGCCACGCGCACCUGUCGGACCUCGCCGAGCUGGAGGCGGCCGUCACGCUCGUCGCGAGGCUCGCGACGACUCGCCGGAAACCCCCCGGAAGCGGCGGCGGCGACGACACGAAGACGUACGCCGUCGUCGACGAGUUUGUCCCGGCGCUGGACGCCCUCACCGCGAGGCUCAUCGCGGGUGACGGCAAGUACGACGCCUUCAUCGCCGCCGCGUCACCGGAGGGAUCGCCGUCGGCGUCGACGUCGCACGCGGAAAUUGCCCGCCGCCUCGCGACCGAACGCGCGAGACGGAAAUUUCAACACAUCGGCGGGGCUCGAGAUUCAAUCGACCCAAUCGGCUCCGGGAGACUUUCCGCCGACGCCGCAACGAACGGCGCGACGGGCGGGCUGCCGCCGGUACCCGCCGCGGCGGCCGCGGCGAGGAUGGAGCGCUCGCACCGCGCGGUUCGCGCCGCGUUGGUGUCGACGCAGCUCGCGCUGGCGGAGCAAGGCCGAUGCGAUCGCUUUCCCGCGCUCGAACCCAAAAACGACAAUCUCGGAGUCGACGCGUCGCCGCGACCGCGACCGACGCUCGCGAGUUUCGCCUCGCUCGUCGCGAGGCUGAGCGAGGAGCUCGUCGCGGAGGUGAGGCAGCGAGCGCGGAUCCUGCGGAGGCUCGCGGCGGACGGUGGCGCCGGCGCGGCUCGCGCCGUCGCCGCCGACGCCUUCGGCGGUUUCGUGGGCGGCGCCGAGCUGGCGGCGGCGGCGGCGGCUGCGGCGGCGCAAAACGGGGGCGCGUUUCCGCACUCGGGCGCCGCCGAGGCGAGCGCGGCGGCGGCGUCGGUGGCGGCGAGGGAGCGCGCGGUGCGCGUGCUGUCGCACACGUGCGCGUCGUCGCUGGAGCUCAUCCUGGGCCGGCUCUGGGCGCCUCAAAUCGGAGGAGGGGCGAAUUCGACGACGCCCGCGGGUGGGUUCGGCACGAGCGAUUCGCCCAACCUCGGAGGCGGCUUCAACCGAGGCGGCGGCGUCGGCAGCGCGUUCAGGGACCAUGACGACCGUUACGACCGUUACGGUGCGGGAACACGAACCGUCGUCGGCGGCGGGGCGUACGCCCCCGGGGAGAUCGCCGAGCUCUCCGCGAUUCUCGCGCCGGCAAUCGCCGCGCUCGCCGACUUGGACCUGUCGCCAACCUCGGACCUCCACGUCGGCUUCGGCGACGCCGGAGGGUUUGGCGACGGCGGGAGACUCAAGGGGCUGAUCAGGCGGACGAGGGACACGCUGCUGGCGGCGGUGCCCGCGAACGCCGGCGAGCCGCCGACGCUGCUGCUGGCGAGGGGCGAACGUCACGGGGGAAGUCACGACGGCGUCUCCCCCGCCCGGGGGUUCGCGCAGUCCCCUUUGCCCCCGCCCCGCUUCGGUCUCUUCAACGCGUGA